AUGGCGCGCAGUUUAACCUCAUAUUUGAAUAAAAAUGUUGACAAUGAACAGUAUUAUCCUGCCACACAUCAGCACAUACAUCAACAUUAUAAUAAUCAGCAGCAGCAGCAACAUCAAGAACAGCUAGUUGUUUUAGGACAACAACAUUGUAAUCUACACAAAGGAGUUGUAGGUAAACAGCAGCAACAGCAGCAGUUGCAUUAUCAAAAACAGCUACAACUACAGGAACAGCAGCAACAGCAUCACUACCAUCAACAACAGCCACAAAUGGGGCCAGAAUAUUCAACACAAUCUCAACAGCAGCAGCAGCAGCAGCAAUAUCAAAACAUUGGUACAUGGUUGCCACAAACUAAACCUCCUGCAACAACAAUAACCACAAAUUUGAAUGGGAAAAUUGAUGACUUAAAACAUCAUCGACAUCAUGAACAGCAACCACAUAUACACCAUCCUCAGCAGCAGAUACAAUCAAAUUAUUGUUCUAAACGUCUUGAUUCUAAUAUUGCUAAUGGACGUAAUACCUGUCUUAUCGAGGAUGUUGAAUCUGAUUUCAUCAUUGGCAAAACAUUCAUAACACCACCCGACAUACCCUCUCCCCCACCCCAGCCAAUACUCAGUGACAGCAAAAGAUUUCAAAGUGGCCAAACGCCAAACAAAACCACUGCUUCAGCGACCACAUCAGCCUCAACACUAAUAAAUAAAAGCUGCUGUCAAUGUGAGGGGAGAGUGAAAAAUCUACAGCAAUAUACCAAUCAGCAUCACACAAGCAACCACUGUCAUCUUCAUCACCAGCAACCAAAAGCACAGCCACAGCUGCAACAGCAGCAGCAACAACUUCCAACGCCUUCCUCAGCUGCCCAUCAUCACAAUAACUUGCAACAUCAAUAUCCACAGCAGCAGCAUCAUCAUCAUCAACAACAACACAACAACGAAGAUUCUCUAAUUUUACCAAAAGCUUCAUCAGCAUUAAAGUCACAACAGCAUUAUCAUAAUCACCACCAGCAGCAACAGCAGCAGCAGCAGCAAUAUCAUCAGCAUCAAGCCUUACAUCACCAGCAACAUUAUCGUAAAGUUGAUGUUUUUGCUGCAGCCAGCCUCGAUGAUGAUGACAAUGAUACAAGUCCCAGCAUAAAGGUAACAAAACAAAAACCCCAACGAAAUCCUAAAAUAUGUUGA